GACGGACCAGAGAGCAUUGACCUGCUGAGUGGACUAAAGAUGGGGGAGCAAGUUGGUUGGCUGGAGUGUAACAGAGGAGACUGGGCGGCCAUCUUGGAUUCCCAGACCCAGACGGGUGCAGCUAUGGGCCCAGGGGACAACAUCACCGAGCAGGGCUUGACCAGAGGCGACAUAGUGGAGUCUGCAGUCCAUGAGGACCUGCUGAUAUCCGGUGUUCCUGGCGGGAGAGACUGGACCUGUGAAAGGGCUGGUGUCAAACCCUGGGCCCGGAUCUGGACCCUGGAUCAGGAGCCUUCACUCUUCCAUCCCAAGUCGGAACCAGGACCGAACCACGAGGGACAGAGACUCCACCACCACACAGAACACAACCAGUGGACAGGUGGACUGAACAACCUCAGUCCUGGUAGUCAUCAGAUAAACAGAGGCUCCAGUCUGCAGCCCAGGCCCUUCUCUUUACAGUCUCAUUGCAGGGAUGAAACAGGGCCUGGGGCUGAUAGAGAUAGACCCUCCUGUUCCUAUGAUACAAACACCACAGUAUCCAUAAAGAACAGAGCAGGUCACCCUGGGCUUCAGCCUUUACAGAGAGCGGUGGGAGACCCCCCUGGUGGGAGUCUAACAGGAAGUCUGUCUUCUCCUUCAGGGUCUCAUCUAAUGCCUGGUGAAUGGGUCCAUAUAAGGCCUGGGUCAAGCCUUCCUCAGGUACCUCAUGGUUACCCCACCAAUACAGACAGGGUCAGGAUGGGCGUUCACCACAAGAUGUACUUAACCUAUAACACAGGGCACCAUCCAAACAACACCCAAACAAUGGCUAGAGGUCAAGGAGGGAGCUCAAAGACUAACCACAUGAGGGUGGUGGCUCCCGCUUCUACCUCCUCUGGUGUCAUUGGGUCACAACGUGGGAGGCAGAGCAUUAAGACAGACGCCGACAAGCCGUACGCCUGCCCCACGUGUGGGAAGUGCUUCUCUGAGGCAAACUAUGUGAAGGAGCACCAGACCGUUCACACCAAGGAGAGACCCUUCAAGUGUAAACUAUGUUACAAGAGCUUCUCCUUCCGGAGUAACCUUGUCAGACAUAGGAGUGUCCACAAUGGGAAGAAACCUUUCAGCUGUACUCAAUGUCAUAUGCGCUUCUCCCACUCGUCCAACUUGAAGAGGCACCAGAGGGUCCACACAGGGGAGAAACUCUAAAGCUGCCCCCAGUGUGAGAACAGGUUCUCACACCAAAACCAGCUGAAGAUGCACCUGAAGGACCACACUGGAGAAAGGCUGUUUGUCAGGAAGAGUUUCUCAGAAAGGAGCUACUUCGGGAUACACCAGCAGAAAAACAAUUCCACUCUAUAACAUAGAAAGUAACCAUUCCCCUCGAUAGCUUCUGAAGUUUAGAUCAAACCCUGCAUUAAAGACAAAGAUUAAUUUUCAUCGUCAGCUGAAAAGAUUAUUCCUGGGUAAACUACUGCAUCCAGACAUUGUGUGAUAUAUAAGCCGAAAAAUACUAUUACGUAUUGAUUUUUGUACUGUGUAGGCUAUAUAUGAUGUUCACAAAUGCCUUUCUUUUGAGACAUUACACUAACAUUUUUGUCAAUUAGAAGACUUAAAAUUAGUGCAUUCAUCUUAAGAAACCUGGGUAAGACAACCACAGCACAGUUAUAGGAAGUACAUUUUUCCUCAAAGUACUUUGUGCCUUCAGAAAGUAUUCACACCCCUUGACUUUUUUCCACAUUUUGUUCUGUUACAGCCUAAAUUUUAAAUGUAUUAAAAUGGAUUCAUUGUCAAAGUGGAAAUGUGUUUUUCGCAAUUGUCUUUUAAGUCAAUGAGUAUUCAUGCCAUCUAUUAUGGCAAG